AGGCGUGUUUUAUGGUGGAGCAUGCCUGGGCAUGUCUUGUGUUCAGAUGUCCCAAAUGAAGCUGCGCUUGGCAACACUGCAGUCUCAGAGAUUCAGUUUCGAGGAUAGCAGCAGUUAGAUGAAUGCAAACAUCUUUAGCGCCCGACAAUGCCUCUGUCCACAGAUCUGCUCAACCCUUCCUUUGAUUUCGAGAGAAGACAGCAUAAGAAGAAGAGACUUGUGCAAAGCCCCAACUCUUACUUCAUGGAUGUGAAAUGUCCAGGUUGUUAUAAGAUCACAACUGUGUUUAGUCAUGCACAGACAGUUGUGUUGUGUGUUGGGUGUUCAACAGUGCUGUGCCAGCCCACAGGAGGGAAAGCCAGGCUCACUGAGGGAUGCUCUUUCAGAAGAAAGCAACACUGAGAAGAAUGGACAAGGAAUAAUGCUUUGAAUGCAAAGAAAUUGUGCCGUCUUAAUACCUUACCUUUUCAUUGAUUACAAUGAAUGAACUUUAAAUGUGAUUAUGAAUGGUACAUGGCAGGUUCUUUCUACCAUGUUAUCAGUUCAAUUUUCUGAAUAAAAUCAAAUUUAGCAUGACACAACUACAUCAAAGAACAUUGUCACUUUGACCUUUGCACUUGCAUUUAAAUAAGUGGCCUCUUUUAGCCACAUAUGCAAUUUGUAACAUGUCACUAUUUUAUGGAUAUAAAGUUUUAGAAUGUCAAUGUUGUUGAGGCUAUUGUUGUCCUAUCUUUAAUUGGGUUUCUGAUGUGAAAUGACAUGUAUAAAAAUUAAAAUAAAUCUGGUGAUUUGCAUUUAGAUGGUUGCACCCAGAGCUCUUCUGUACAUAGAAAUGCAACGGUUAGAAAAUUAUAAUAUGUACUAACAAUAACCAGGAAGAAAAUCUAACGAGAAGUUAUAUUUGUGGAAAACACUUUUAGGUGAAUAAAACUUAACAUAUGUUUAAUGUUUGUUAAGCCAAUACCUUCUAAGAAAGUGUACAAAUAUACAUUUUCAACUGUGAUUUUUCAUGUGACCAACAAAAAAAUAAAAACAGCAGUUUCUGCUCUUGACACAC